ACCCUUCUGGUCAUGUGGCGUACAGAACUAUUCCGAUUUUCUCGAAAAGCUUAAAAUAUGAACGAAAAUACAAGUGACGUCACCACUGUAUUCUCAUGUAUUUUUUAUGUUCAAUGAGAUUCUUUGGGGCUUCUAACGUGUUUUUCGUAUUUAUUUGUUUACCUAUUGCUUAGGUAUGUCUUGUUUUUAAAAAUGGUAGAAACACUGAUAAAGUCUGAGUGAUUAAAGUGAAAAACGGUGAAAAGUGGUCAGGUUAGCAUCAAAGGAAGCCAUACUCUUGAAGAAAAUUUGCUGAAAGUUGGGGUAAAAUGAGUCAAAUGGAGUUGAGAUCAAGCAGAUCUCGUUCAAGAACUCCCUUUUUGAGCCAAGAGUUUAUUGAAAAAGAAGCAACUGUGACUGGAAAUCAUGUGGAAAAACUUGUUACUAGGGUGACCAGAAAAAGCACUGUUGUUAAGACCGACGAAAUCGCCUCCAGCUCAACAGACGAACUGAACACAAUGAGAAGAGAGUCUCCAAUUCAGACAAAACCCACCACCCGAAAGUCUGCUUCCAGAUCUUUGAGGAGUAGAGUCAUUAAGACCUCAGAUUAUUCCUCAGAGGAUGGAGAAAACGAAGUGAGCUCUUCCAGAACAAUCCGUCAGAACGAACAGAACCAAUUGAUGGAAGAUGCUAGGAGGGUUACCAAUGGUGGUACCGAGAGCCCCGCUUUGGAGCUCUAUAAAAAAAGCGGAAGAUAUUGGGACGUUUACCCUAAAACGGAUUGGACAUAUUCCUAUCACUCCAAAGACCGUUGCGAAAUAGCACCAGGCGUGGUCGCUAUGCCCAAUAUGUCUCGGAAAACUAUUCAUCCGUUAGACGAAAGCCCUUCUCAAUCUUUUGCGAUGUAUUCAGAGAACGUCUCGCAUAAGAAUAUUAAUACUGAGAACACCUACGUUACCAGUGCGAGAUACAGUGAGGAAGCCACAAGGAGAAGCGGAGCAUAUAAUAAUAAUUCUGAGGAUUUUUAUAUCAAAAGGCGAACCCACACUAAAUGGGGUUCUUUCAAACAAACUAUUUCAACAAUAGUUUCUACUAUUUUUACUACUAUUUAUACAAUUUUCUUCUAUUCGUUCCGGAUACAACGCAGCAUAUUUUCUUAUAUUCAUCACAUGGCGAGCAGAGUCAUGCUUUGGGACACUUACCUGUUAUGGAAGGCAAAACCUGGAGAUAAAACCACUAGGCUGUUACUUUUAUGUCUUUUACCACUUCUGUUAUUAGGAGGCGCUUGGUUUCUUACCAACAUGGGAGGUGUCAUUUAUGGCUUAUUAAGCAACUCUACAACAUUUAAAAUAAUAGGUACUGAUAAUAAUUUACUACAUCGACCGGAAAGAAAUAUAGAUCACAUAAAAACUGAAAGCCUAGAUUCUACACAAAACACACAUAAUAUAAAAAAUAUCGUAGUUGAAGAGAAAAUAGUAAAAAUUAUUGAAAAAGUACAUGUAGAACCUCCUACAGCCGAACAAAUUGCAGCUAGCUUUACCAAGGAGCAGAUUGAUGCUAUUGCUUUGGCUGUCAAAGAGUCCUUAAGUAUUAAACAUGAGCCAGUCAAUACAGAGGAAAUUGUAGAAAAAAUUAUUAAUAAUCCAAGUUUUACCAAUGUGAUUAAUAAUUAUCAACAAAUAAGCAACCAGCAAGAUACAGUUGAUAACACGGCAACAUUAAAAGAGCAUCAAACGCUAAUAGAAAAAUUAUUAAAAGAAAUUGAAAACAUGAAGCAAGAAAUUAUUUUAAACAACAAAUUAAGGCAUGACGAUUAUGCCAGAUUAUCACUCAAUAUGAGAAAGUGUUGCGAAAAACGUCCAGUGGUCAACGUUGAGGGCUAUGUAACAAAAAUUGUGACAAAUUUGCUAAAUAAUCCAGACUUUUUAAAUAAUCAACAUGGUCUAAAUGACUGGUUGAAGUCGAUGUUUAUUGCAAAAGAAGUACUCGAGCUACAUUUGGCCAACAUAACUGCCAAGAUGGAUUCAAAGAUGUCAGCCUUAGUAGACUCUAACAGCCAUACUAUCAUAGACAAGGUAGCUAUGAAAAUUAUGAGUGAAAAUUCUCAUGACCCUAUUGGAAAAAGUGAUGAGGCUUAUAUUAAAAGAAUUGUCAAAGAAUCUUUGGCGGUAUACGACGCGGAUAAAACUGGGCUGGUGGAUUACGCCAUGGAAAAUAUGGGUGGACAGAUACUGACGACCAGGUGUACGGAGAUUUAUAAUCAUGGAAAAGCAGUAGUUUCAGUGUUUGGAAUUCCAUUGUGGCAAGUUUCUAAUACACCAAGAACGGUAAUUACACCUACUAUUGCUCCCGGUGAUUGUUGGGCAUUUCAAAAUUUUCCUGGAUUUGUUGUGAUCAAGUUAAGUAGCAUGAUUAACGUCGAGGCCUUUUCCAUUGAGCAUAUAUCGAAGUUACUGCUACCUGAUGGGAAAAUGGAUUCGGCGCCCAAAGAGUUUGAAGUUUAUGGCUUAAGAGAGGAAAAUGAUAAAGAACCCGUACUUCUGGGGCAAUAUAAGUUCGAUUAUGAUGGUGAACCGUUGCAAUUCUUUCCCGUAGAACAACCCAAUCAGGUGUUUGAUAUGGUGGAACUAAGGAUUGUCUCAAAUCAUGGAAAUCCCAAUUAUACUUGUUUGUAUAGGUUUAGAGUUCAUGGAAAGCUACACCAUGCGCAAGAGAGAUGAUUCUAGACUUACAUAAGUCUUGGUGUGCUUGUUGUUCAUCGUGUUUAAUAUAUAUUUUGGCCACUGUAUCUGUUUAGUGUAAAUGUGUGGUUUGAAUUUGUUGGUUUUUUUAAGUAAAAAUGAUCAAUCUAUUUUUAUGAGUUAUAGCUUUUUGAAUUCAAACUAAAGUAUUAUUAUAUCUGAAAUCACGAUAUUUAAGCCGUUUACCAUGAACGUAAGAAGUUUUGCAUGUUUUAUUACAUCAACGUUUUAAGUGUAAUAUUAACGAUAUACAUAUUUCUUGAGCGAGUUACAGAAAGUUAUGCCUUUUUACAUUUUUAUAUUUAUAUCCAAUUGAAGUAUUGAAAACUAUUUUUAUGUAUGGCUUUAUAAUGUUUAAAUGAGUGCUUUAUAGCUUGUAUGCAGAUUUUUUUGCCAAAGAGAUUACAUUGUUAGGUAGAAGUAUAUGGAGGUAGCUGCUUUUUACUUUUGGACUAAAAAUUCAACUUAUAACAAAAAAUUACGCUAAAACGCUCUGAUUAUAGUUAUAUUGGUGUAAAUAAUUUUCUUUUGUUUAAAGUAGAUUAUAAGAUUAUAGAUCUAAAAUGUUUUUAACGUACUUAAAUAAGUGGUAAAUUAUCGACUUUUUGUAUAUUUUUGUAUGGUAUAACUUAUUUUUUCGCAUGUUUGUAUAUAAGUUUAUAUGUCACUAACAUUAUUCUUUUUUUUGUGGAAACCUAGUCCUUGUUACUAAUCUUUAAUUUAUAUGACUAUAUCUCUAAAAGUAGCACAUAACACUUAAUGUUAUUAUGUUUUUCCCUCACCAAUUUCUUGUAGAUAUUCUUAGGUUUAAAUAAUAUACAUUGUACGAUCCAGUGCUCAUUACCCAGUGAGUAUUAAAGCUAAUAGCGGAACGCUUUUAGAUCGAUCUUAGAAGAUUUUACUUAGAAGACUUAGAAAUUUGUCUUUUUUGAAAAAGUUUCUUAUUAGUAUAAAAAUUUGCAAAAAUACAUUUAUUGGGUAGUGCGUUUAUUUUUGUAUUCACGUAUAUUAUAAUGUUAGUAAUUUUGUUCAGAACGCUAGUACAAACAAACUAUAAUUAUAUAAGCCUUAAAAUUGCAUAAGUGGUCCUUUAACCGUACAAAAUUGACUAUAGUUCACCGUUUAAAUAACUAAUAAAUACAUAUCGUGCCUUAUUUUUUAUGGUCAUGACAUAAGUGCUCAUUUGCACAAUGAUAAAAUAGCUAGUCAGGCAAAGUUGUUAAAUGCAGCUCAAAUCCAAUAAACUCUGAGCAAUUUAUAGUAUUAGAGUAUUUUAGAGCAACGAUCUUUUUUUGUUAUAUAUUUUUGACUAAUCUUUUAUAAUUUGAAAAAUUCAGUGUUGUUAUAAUUUAUCAAAAUAAAGUAAUUUUUUUGUUAAAUUA